AUGUUGACCGAGCACCUCCAGCAAGCUGACCCCACUAUUUACAACAUCGUGCAGAAUGAAAAACAAAGACAAAAGCAUUUCAUCAAUUUGAUCCCUUCGGAGAACUUCACAUCGCAAGCCGUCCUCGAUGCUCUAGGGAGUGUUAUGCAAAAUAAAUAUUCUGAAGGCUAUCCUGGCGCGCGAUACUAUGGUGGGAAUGAGUUCAUUGACCAGGCCGAACGGCUCUGCCAGCAGCGUGCUUUACAGACAUAUGGAUUGAAUCCGGAAGAAUGGGGCGUGAACGUGCAGCCACUCUCCGGCUCCCCAGCCAAUUUCUAUGCCUACUCGGCCGUUCUCCAGCCCCACGAUCGUCUCAUGGGUCUGGAUCUUCCCCAUGGCGGCCAUCUUUCCCACGGCUACCAAACCCCAACCAAGAAAAUAUCCGCAGUUUCCAAAUAUUUCGAGACCUUGCCUUAUCGUCUGGAUGAGUCCACUGGCUUGAUCGACUAUGACAAGCUUGAAGAGAUGGCAAAAUUGUACCGACCUAAACUUAUUGUUGCUGGAACAUCGGCAUAUAGCAGACUUAUUGACUAUCCCCGCAUGAAGAAAAUUGCCGACGGCAUUGGCGCUUAUCUUCUGAGCGACAUGGCCCAUAUUUCUGGCCUUGUUGCCGCCGGUGUUAUUCCGUCUCCAUUCCCACAGUCAGACAUCGUCACGACCACAACCCACAAAUCGCUCCGGGGACCCCGCGGAGCCAUGAUUUUCUACCGAAAAGGCAUCCGCCGACGAGAUGCCAAAGGCAACCCAGAAAUGUAUGAAUUGGAAAACCAGAUCAAUGCGGCCGUGUUCCCUGGCCACCAAGGUGGCCCGCACAACCACACAAUCACGGCCCUCGCCGUGGCAUUGAAACAAGCCCAGUCAUCGGAAUUCAAGACAUAUCAACAAAACGUGCUUGAAAAUGCGAAGGCUUUGGCCAACCGCCUUGGCAAUUCCACCAGCAACGGCGGCCUCGGCUACAAUAUCGUCUCUGGCGGCACAGACAACCAUCUUGUCCUCGUCGACCUCAAGAACCGCGGUGUUGACGGCGCUCGCGUGGAGCGCAUCCUCGAACUUUGCGGCGUGGCCAGCAACAAGAACACCGUGCCAGGCGACAAGUCGGCGAUGAAACCCGGCGGUCUGCGCAUGGGCACCCCUGCCAUGACAUCCCGCGGCUUCGCACCGGAGGACUUCUCCCGCGUCGCUGAUAUCGUUGACAGAGCGGUUGUCAUCACACAGAAGCUGGACAAGGCAGCCAAGGCUGAGGCUGAGGCUAAGAAUCGCAAGAACCCCUCCAGCCUGAAAGCGUUCUUUGACUAUAUCGGCGAGGGCGAGGAGGUUUCUGAAAUUGUGCAGUUGAGAAAGGAAGUCGAAGACUGGGUGGGCACCUUCAGCCUUCCGUGGACGGAAGAGUAG